AUGUACAGAGGAGAUGAUAUGGUGAACAGCGCAAGCAAAAGGCACAGGGGUAAAGGUGUGCAGGAGGCCAGCCUUAGGUUCUGGUACCUUGGAUGGUGUGGCCUGGCUGGGGAGCAGCAGUGGGGAAUGCAGAGACUAGAACUGGGCGUGGGGGUCUCGCUGGAUAAGCUGAGGAGACAGGCUUUACUGCUACUCUGUGCAAAAAACUUGGUGAAAAAGGAUUUUUUCCGACUUCCUGAUCCGUUUGCUAAGGUGGUGGUUGAUGGAUCUGGGCAAUGCCAUUCUACAGAUACUGUGAAGAAUACACUCGAUCCAAAGUGGAAUCAGCAUUAUGACCUGUAUAUUGGAAAGUCUGAUUCAGUUACGAUCAGUGUAUGGAAUCACAAGAAGAUCCAUAAAAAACAAGGUGCUGGAUUUCUUGGUUGUGUUCGACUUCUUUCCAAUGCCAUCAACCGCCUCAAAGACACUGGUUAUCAGAGGUUGGAUCUAUGCAAACUUGGGCCAAAUGACAACGAUACAGUUAGAGGACAGAUAGUAGUAAGUCUUCAGUCCAGAGACCGAAUAGGCACAGGAGGACAAGUUGUGGACUGCAGUCGUUUAUUCGAUAAUGAUUUACCAGAUGGCUGGGAAGAAAGGCGAACUGCCUCUGGAAGAAUCCAGUAUCUAAACCACAUAACAAGAACCACACAGUGGGAACGCCCAACACGACCAGCAUCUGAAUAUUCUAGUCCUGGCAGACCUCUUAGCUGCUUUGUUGACGAGAACACUCCAAUUAGUGGAACAAAUGGUGCAACGUGUGGACAGUCUUCAGAUCCCAGGCUGGCCGAGAGGAGAGUCCGGUCACAACGACAUAGAAACUACAUGAGCAGGACACAUUUACACACUCCUCCAGACCUACCAGAAGGCUAUGAACAGAGGACAACACAGCAAGGUCAGGUGUAUUUCUUACAUACUCAGACUGGUGUGAGCACGUGGCAUGAUCCAAGAGUGCCUAGGGAUCUUAGCAACAUCAAUUGUGAAGAGCUUGGGCCAUUGCCUCCUGGAUGGGAGAUCCGUAAUACUGCAACAGGCAGAGUUUAUUUCGUUGACCAUAACAACAGAACAACACAAUUUACAGAUCCUCGGCUCUCUGCUAACUUGCAUUUAGUUUUAAAUCGGCAGAACCAACUGAAAGACCAACAGCAACAGCAAGUGGUAUCGUUAUGCCCUGACGACGCAGAGUGUCUGACAGUCCCACGGUACAAGCGAGACCUGGUUCAGAAAUUAAAAAUUUUGCGGCAGGAACUUUCCCAACAACAGCCACAAGCUGGUCAUUGCCGCAUCGAGGUUUCCAGGGAAGAGAUUUUUGAGGAAUCAUAUCGGCAGGUCAUGAAAAUGAGACCAAAAGAUCUGUGGAAACGAUUAAUGAUAAAAUUCCGUGGAGAAGAAGGCCUUGACUAUGGAGGGGUCGCCAGGGAGUGGUUAUAUCUGUUGUCACAUGAAAUGUUGAAUCCUUACUAUGGCCUCUUCCAGUAUUCAAGAGAUGAUAUCUAUACAUUGCAGAUCAAUCCUGAUUCUGCGGUCAAUCCGGAACAUUUAUCAUAUUUCCACUUUGUUGGACGAAUAAUGGGAAUGGCUGUGUUUCAUGGACAUUAUAUUGAUGGUGGCUUCACGUUGCCUUUUUAUAAACAGCUGCUUGGGAAGCCCAUUACUUUGGAUGACAUGGAAUUAGUUGAUCCAGAUCUUCACAACAGCUUGGUGUGGAUACUUGAGAAUGAUAUUACAGGUGUUUUGGACCAUACCUUUUGUGUUGAACAUAAUGCAUAUGGUGAAAUUAUUCAGCAUGAACUUAAACCAAAUGGCAAGAGUAUCCCUGUUACUGAAGAAAAUAAAAAAGAAUAUGUCAGGCUCUAUGUGAACUGGAGAUUUUUACGAGGCAUUGAGGCGCAGUUCCUGGCUCUGCAGAAAGGAUUUAAUGAAGUAAUUCCGCAGCAUCUGCUGAAGACGUUUGAUGAGAAGGAGUUAGAGCUCAUUAUUUGUGGACUUGGAAAGAUAGAUGUUAAUGACUGGAAGGUAAACACCCGGUUAAAACACUGCACACCAGACAGCAACGUUGUCAAGUGGUUCUGGAAAGCCGUGGAGUUUUUUGAUGAAGAGCGAAGAGCGCGGUUACUUCAGUUUGUGACAGGAUCGUCUCGAGUGCCUCUGCAGGGCUUCAAGGCCUUACAAGGCGCCGCGGGCCCCCGGCUCUUCACCAUACACCAGAUCGACGCCUGCACCAACAACCUGCCAAAGGCCCACACGUGCUUCAAUCGAAUAGACAUUCCGCCCUACGAAAGCUAUGAAAAGUUAUACGAAAAGCUGCUAACGGCCAUUGAAGAGACAUGUGGGUUUGCUGUGGAAUGAGCUUCACGGAUUUGCCCCGGACUCUAUGUACACCCCGACUGACAGCCUCCUUUCAGCAAAGUUGCCGGAACGCUGAAAUACAGGAAAUACCCGACCACCACCACCCCCAGAAAACUUGAGGACACUGAGGGGAGGACAGGUCUGAAAUUCCUUUUCAAGGAAGAAAAAAAGGUCUUUAUGCUUUGCCAUGAGGCCACACUCAGCUGCUAUUUAAAAUUAGUAUCUUGAACCUAAAGAAUGCUGACUUUUCCUCCAUUUCCAGAGUUAGGCAGUAUUCUACACUUACAGACUACUACUAUUUUUAUAAAAAGGUAAAAUCUAUUCAGAGUGCUCCACAGAUUUCAAGUCUCUCAAAUAUCAGGACAACUCCAGCAGUCGGUACACGUCACAUUUCAUUUGGAUCAAACACAUGAUUUUGAACAGUUCCUGUACUCGCUCUUUGUAAAAAGAAAUAAAAUUAUUUUGAAUGAUUCUACCUUUGUAAACAAUUGGCUAAAGGAAUCAUUAUCUUAAAAAAAAGCCAUUUACACGUUUAAUUACAUUUUUCUAUAGCAAAGCAUUAUAUUUUAAAAGCAUUAUAUGUUUCAACCUAGCCUAAGUGAGUCUUUUGUAUAUUUUUCAAGCACGAAUUUCCUGGAACACAGCUACAGGAUUUGGGUUGUCAGACGCCUAAUGCAACCGUUUAGUCUAAACCUAGUAGCUUCUUUGUCAGAGUAAGAUGCAUUCAGGGGCUCCUUGUUUUUAAGAAACUUUUAAAAAAAUCCUAAUUUUUUAUCUUGAAUCAAUAUGAUCAGGUAUUUUGGAUUUACUUUUUAUCUUCAAUGGAAAUACUGCGUUUUUAUAGCUCCUCAGAUUUUGUGGAUGGGAUGGGAUUUUCAUUCUUUUGCUAGGUCAGCGUAUCUCUAAUAUAGAUGCUGUUUCUGUAAACCAAAGUCUCCAAUGACAAGUGCACCUAAUUUAUAUUUCAAUUAUGGUCUGAGUUUCUAUCAAGUAAACCAUCCAGAAUCUUCGUUUAGCUGCUCAUGUUUUAAUCAGCUAAAAUUAUGAAAAAGGAAAAAUUUUAUUUAGCAAGUGUAGAAAAUCCUGUUUUUACCUAAUAAAGUGGGUGCGGGAUGGGGCAGGGGGUAGGAUUACUGAAGAAAUAGUGAUUCUAAAUCUAUGGUGUAAGUUACUUUAGAACCGAAGAGUUGAUUUUGGAGGUGAGGGGAUCUCAGUUCCCUGGGUGUUGAUCAGCAUCUGAUUUUGAAAUAUCCAGAUUCAGCUGUCAAGGUGUGUGGCAUGUUGCAUGAUCUAGAGGGCAGCCAAAAUUCUGGAGUGAGAGGAUUGAGAAAAUCUGAAGUCAUGGAUGAAUUUUUAAAUUCAGUUCUCAGAAAUCUGCACUAUAUAUGUGUAUUUUUUUCUUACAUUGAUGCGAAUCAAGGGCAAAUGUUAAUGAGAUAGCCUGUUUAAAUGUUGCAGCUUAAUUAUCAAGGGAAUAGGUCCUUUGCGUUCUUUCAUUUGAUGGAUUGGUUUUCAGUCUGUGUCCAAGAGCCAAGGGGUUCCUUCGAGGCGCCUCGGAAGUCGUGGUUUACGGGAGAGAGAGGAGGGACCGACUGGGCGAGGAAGGCCUAGAGGGUAUUUUAGCCGGAGCCUCGAACUCCCCACCCCUCCCCCCUUCCCCCAGAGCAGCUCCCAGUUGGUCUCUUUCGUGUAUUGUAAUUCCAAGUAAGUCCUCGGGGUGGGAGGCUGGUAGGGGAUAAAGGAAGUGGAAAUUUUGCUGGUUUUUUUUUUUUUUUUUUUUUUUUUUUUUUUUUUUUAACGCUGAGACCUACUUGUGUUGUUUCGAAGUAUCUGAAUUCAUUUCAUUCAGCCAGAUUGGAUUGCAACGCGGGUAGUCAUGGUCACGACUGUGCGGUGGGCACAUGCUUGUGCUGACCUUUUCCUUCCCAGACACUUUGUGUUUUCCUGCUGCAUUCUUAGCAGUACCUGAGACCAUCUUGAAAUGUACAGAAAAGGUUUCUGAGCUGUUUGAUGAUCAGUUUUCAGCUUUCACAAUAGUACCUUACCGGUUGCAGGCCCCUCUCUUUCCUGUUAAAGCACUAGUGCAGUGUAAUUGUGCCUACUCUUACAAUCUUCCUGAAAGUAAGUACGUGGUGAACACUUAGAGAAAUCUUAAGUGAUGGAAGCAUUAAUAAAUGCUACUAUCAUAAUGUACAAUAAAGCAGGCUAAUACCAUCGCUUUUGAGUGCCUUUUUAACUUUAUAAUAAUGACUCAAUAGAGCUUUAAAUGAAUUCUACCCUAACAAUCUGUAGUAUCACCAACAUAAUUUAUCAAGACACGGCUUAGAUUUCAUUUUCAAAAUUAUGUUACCUGAUUUCUUCCCAAUAGGUGCUAAGCAAACCAAACCCCCAGUGUGUCAUCGAAUCUUGGACUUGCACCUCGUGUUUAAUGUGAAUAUUUAUUUCCACAUCUCCCUCUUAGCUGGGUUUUUUCCUGAUCUCUUCCUCUAGUUGUGCUAUUUCCGAUACACGAGGUCACCUUUCCAAACCCUGCCUUUCCAUCAUGAACGCUUAGUUAUGAACUUGUGAGCGCUCAUGUGCAGUGCCGAGGUGAGUUUUGUUUCAGAGGGUCUUAUUUCUUGAUGUAAAGAGUUUUUAAAUAGUGCUGUGUAUAGUGUACAUUUUGUUUUGCACAUAGUUUGUUGCCCUGAUUGGGUUUUAUUUUUAUCAUCUUUUUUUUUUUUAAUACAGUUCAGAGCACAAAUUUCCUUUCAUUUUAAAUACAAGGUGAUUUGCUUUCUUUUACAACACUAAGUCCGCUUUGACAUUGAACUGGUUGCGCCAUUGGGAGGUGGGAUCGUUCGGUCACAGUUUGGUCGCCAGCUGCAGCACACGGCCGACAGGUGCCGUUCGUGGUAAUGCACGUUCUUAGGCGAGGGUGACGAUUGUACCAAGGGCUGAGUUGUUUCGUUUCUAGAUGUAAUUCGUUCACUUAAUGUAAUAUUCUUCCUUCUCUCAGACUGACUUUAAAAACAAAGUUUUAUCGUUUUCAUUGUAUUUGUAUUUAUUACAGAGUGUUUAGCUUUGAUAUUCUUUGUAUUUUCACUCAGUUGUUACAUGAGCUUUAUCAAUAACAUCUGUAUAAAUGGUUUUUAAAAAUUAACUAUGUACGUGCCCACGCCGAAGUUGAGCAAUAAAAUGAAUGCUGUUUGCACUGUCACAGCAUCAAAGUUUUUAAGAA